GGGUAUCGCAAACUAGUUGCCCAGGCUGGUUUCAAACCGUGAUCCCCUGAUCUUUGCCUCCUGAGUAGCUAGGAUUACAGGCAUGAGCCACCAGUGCCCUGCAUACCCACUUCUUGUAUGUCCUUCCAAAAAUAUUUUCUGCCUGAAAAAGCAAACACAUAUAUUUUUCCCAAUGCUAGGAGCUAAAACCUAACAGUGGGGUAAAGGAGACUCCUCUGACCCGAAGAUGAUACAUGAGACAUACCAGAAGCAUAAGCAAAAUCUGGAGGUGUGGGGAAGAUGUUACAGAGUUGGUGACAUUUGACUUGGACCAUAAAGGAUGAGUAGGAGUGUGCUAAAUAAAGGAGAAGAAAGUCAUUCCAUACUGAAGUUGCAGCAUAAGCAAAGGAGGAAGAACAGGGAGCAGUUCUCAGGCUCCUUCCCUCCUCCCGUGUCUGCCCUGAGUGAUGCAUCAGAGACUGGCAUGCUGUCCCGCCUCGGUGAUUUGCUCUUCUACACUAUUGCUGAGGGACAGGAACGAAUCCCUAUCCACAAAUUCACUACUGCACUAAAGGCCACUGGACUACAGACAUCAGAUCCCCGGCUCCGAGACUGUAUGAGCAAGAUGCACCACCUGGUCCAAGAGUCCAGCAGUGGUGGUCUCUUGGACCGAGAUCUCUUCCAAAAGUGUGUGAGCAGCAACAUUGUGCUCCUAACUCAGGCAUUCCGAAAGAAGUUUGUCAUUCCUGAUUUUGAGGAGUUCACCGGCCAUGUGGAUCACAUCUUUGAGGAUGCCAAAGAACUCACUGGAGGCAAAGUGGCAGCCUACAUCCCUCAUCUAGCCAAGUCAAACCCAGACCUGUGGGGCGUCUCCCUGUGCACUGUGGAUGGUCAACGGCACUCCGUGGGCCACACAAAGAUCCCCUUCUGCCUGCAGUCCUGUGUGAAGCCCCUCACGUAUGCCAUCUCCAUAAGCACCUUAGGCACUGACUAUGUGCACAAGUUUGUGGGCAAGGAACCCAGUGGCCUGCGCUACAACAAACUCUCCCUUAAUGAAGAAGGAAUCCCCCAUAAUCCCAUGGUCAAUGCUGGUGCCAUUGUCGUCAGCUCCCUGAUCAAGAUGGACUGUAACAAAGCAGAGAAGUUUGAUUUUGUAUUGCAGUAUCUGAACAGAAUGGCUGGAAAUGAAUUCUUGGGGUUCAGCAAUGCCACAUUCCAGUCGGAGAAGGAAACGGGGGACCGGAAUUAUGCCAUCGGCUAUUAUCUCAAGGAAAAGAAGUGCUUUCCUAAGGGGGUAGAUAUGAUGGCUGCCCUCGACCUCUACUUCCAGCUGUGCUCCGUAGAGGUCACCUGUGAAUCAGGCAGUGUGAUGGCAGCCACCCUUGCCAAUGGUGGGAUCUGCCCCAUCACAGGCGAGAGCGUGCUGAGUGCUGAAGCAGUGCGUAACACCCUCAGCCUCAUGCAUUCCUGUGGCAUGUAUGACUUCUCUGGCCAGUUUGCUUUCCACGUGGGCCUGCCAGCCAAGUCAGCUGUGUCAGGAGCCAUCCUCCUGGUGGUACCCAAUGUUAUGGGAAUGAUGUGUUUGUCACCUCCAUUGGACAAGCUGGGGAAUAGCCAAAGGGGCAUCAGCUUCUGUCAGAAGUUGGUGUCUCUAUUUAACUUUCACAACUAUGAUAACUUGCGGCACUGUGCUCGGAAGUUAGACCCACGGCGUGAAGGAGGAGAAGUUCGGAACAAGACUGUGGUGAACCUGUUAUUUGCUGCCUAUAGUGGAGAUGUCUCAGCUCUUCGAAGGUUUGCUUUGUCAGCCAUGGAUAUGGAACAGAAAGACUAUGACUCGCGCACAGCCCUGCAUGUUGCUGCAGCUGAAGGACACACUGAAGUUGUUAAAUUUCUGAUCGAGGGUUGCAAAGUGAAUCCUUUUGCCAAGGACAGGUGGGGCAACAUUCCCCUAGAUGAUGCUGUGCAGUUCAAUCACCUGGAAGUGGUCAAAUUGCUUCAAGAUUACCAGGACACCUACGCAGUCUCUGAAACUCAAGUUGAGACAGCAGCCAUGUCUAAAGAGAACUUAGAGAGCAUGGUGUGAGCACAGGUUAUGGACAGUCCCUGCUCAAAAAAAAGCAUGAGCUGGCACACACUUAACCCACAUAACCACCAAAAACACUAUGGAGAGAUGCAUCAGUGGGGACCAAGAGAGCCAUUGGUGACUUAGGUCAGUGCUUUCUGUGAGAGUCAAAACACCCAUUCCCUCAAUGAACAAAGCACAGAGAAGGACCUCAGUGGACACCUGCAGAAGAGCUAUCCAAAGUCAGAGGUAUGGCCCAAUGACCUGACCCACUCAAAAUCAUACCAGGUCUUCAUCCAAGUCCUCUGUUUCUCUUCCUGAAGAAACUCUCAUGAGAAAGAGACUUCAAUGGAGGGACUCUAACAACCAUCAUAUGCAUAUAUCAGAGUAAGAGAAAAAGGGACCUGUGUAUCUGGCUUUAGUAGUGUGAAGAGAUCUGUCCCCCUUAGCCAGAACAUGCUGUUGCUACUGCUAACAGCAAUUUUAUAGACAGAAAGUAUUUUGUGCUCAAAUAAACUUUAAUUACACAAAU